AUGACUCUUCAAUCCACAAACGUUAUGUCUAUCAACAACAUUCUUAACCCGGAACCUUCACCUCCGGUCAACCAACCCCAACUCAGCAACACGUACUGGCCCAUCCUCAGGGACGCUCUCCUCCGAGAUCCCUCAUCCUACCACAACCUCCAUCUCGAAUGCGUAAUAUGUCUUGAAGACAUGACAGUCUUUCAACAUGAACAUACUUACGAUCCGCUAAUGUCCCAUCUUUCGCACAGAGCUCGUAUAUUUCCCUGCGGACACAUGUUUGGCAGUAAAUGCGCCAUGACGAUGAUCGACGAACUCGUCAGGAGUAAUCAGCCUAUAGCUUGUCCUAUCUGCCGUGUCAACUUUUCUCAUCAUAGAGAUUGCGAUCAUGUUCACAGUGGUAUGCCCAUGCCAACUAGCAUCAGGGAAAUCUCACCUACACUUCUUUUCCCGUUUGAGCUUGACGAGGGAGAUUCGCUAUUUGUGUCGGCUCGAACAAGAUGCCAUGUGUGGGAUUUAAGGGCGAUGGAUUCAGUGGAGGGGUAUGAUGUGCAAGACGUGAUAAUCGAAGGACCUCUAAAGAAGGUUUUUGAUGAGAUCAAAGCAAGAUUGAAGGAUAAUGCUACAAGAUCGUGGUAUUCUACAGAUCUAAAGGGGUUUGAACUUUGUAUUAGAUCGUGUCAGAGGCGGAGGAUGUCGUUUGUUGAUGUUGUGAGGGAGCAUCAAUCGGCUUGGAAUGCAAGACCGAUUAUUGGGACUUCAAAUCAAUGA